UUCCCCUGCCCCUCCCUUUCUUUUCUUUUGGCCUUCCUGCCUCCCUCUCUCCACCCCCGGCGGCUCUACCUGACCGGCCGCAAGCCACCCAUCCAUCCGCCCGGACGGACCCAGGCCCCGACCUCUCCUGCCAGCGCCUCCUCUACCCUCCCUCCCUCCCCAGCUUAGCUCCCCGGCCCGUGGGACUCUCUAGGAGCUCCAGCCUCGCUGGCUCGGCGGGAUAACCUCCCCCCCACCCUCACUCCACCCGGCCCGUCGCUCCGCCCCGAGUUGGCCGGUCUGCUUUCUCGCCGGGCGCUUGAUCCCCGCUGCAGCUGCCCGCACUUGUUGCUGCCCAGAACUUCCUCCUCCUCCGGUGGCUUCUACCUACGCUCUACCGCUCACGUCAGAGGAAGCGGUGGGGGGACAGCAAGGUUCCCUCGGCCGGCGGCGCCACCUCUCCUCCUCCCCGCCCAAGAGGGAGGGAAGGAGGGAGCAGGAAGAAGAAGAAGAAGAAGAAGAAGAAGAAGAGGAAAGCGGCGGGCACGAAGACACGCCAGCGACGGAAAGGCGAGGGGGGGGACGACCGGGGUCCCUGCUCUCCCCCCUCCUCCUCCUUCCUCCCUCCCCCUCCCUCCCUUCCUCCCUCUCACCCCCCGGAGGUCCCCGUAGCCUUGGGCUGGCUUUCCACACAGAUGAAAAUUGAUGCAAGGACAUGACUUCCAUCUCAUUCUAAGCAGCAACAAGGACCUCAGAUGAACCAUGCAUGAGAUCUUCAGGAAUGACCCCAAGUUCAUUUUCAAUUCAACAGGGACCAUCAUCUGCCUUGAGUGGACCAAUCAAGUAUCCAUCACUAAUACUAUACUGUGCUGAAGAUGUCUAACAGCAACACCACACAGGAGACACUGGAGAUAAUGAAAGAAUCGGAAAAGAGAUUGGUUGAGGAAUCUUUGAACAAAACCAAAUUUGUAUCCAGGUCACCAAGCAAAGAGGAGCCUGAGAAGGACGGGGAGGAGAGUGGUGUACGGCAAGAAUCUCAGAGGAGAACAUCCAAUCACGGACAUGCUAGAAAAAGAGCUAAGUCAAAUUCGAAACUGAAAUUAGUAAGGAGCCUGGCUGUAUGUGAAGAAUCUUCUAGUCCCUUUGUGGAUGGGCCUUUGGAAACUCAAGAUAUCAUACAUUUGCACAUCAGUUGCCCAUCUGACAAGGAAGAUGACAAAUCUGCAAAAGAUGGUCCCGAAAAAGAAGAAAAAGAGAAAAACAAAGAGAAGGCCCCCAAGAAAAUGUUGUCUAGAGAUUCCAGCCAAGAAUAUACAGACUCCACUGGAAUAGAUUUGCAUGAAUUUUUAGUAAAUACACUGAAGAAAAAUCCAAGGGAUAGGAUGAUGCUGCUAAAAUUAGAACAGGAGAUCCUGGAAUUUAUUAAUGAUAACAACAAUCAGUUCAAGAAGUUUCCUCAGAUGACCUCAUACCACAGAAUGCUUCUACAUCGGGUGGCUGCCUAUUUUGGCAUGGACCACAACGUAGACCAAACGGGGAAAGCUGUCAUUAUCAACAAGACCGGCAACACAAGAAUCCCUGAGCAGAGGUUCUCUGAACACAUAAAAGAUGAGAAGAACAGUGAUUUUCCACAGAGGUUUAUCCUCAAGCGAGAUGAUACCAGCAUUGAUCGAGAUGAUAAUCAGAUUAGGAUCCCACUGCAAGAUGGACGAAGGAGUAAAUCCAUAGAAGAACGAGAAGAGGAAUAUCAGAGGGUUAGGGAACGCAUAUUUGCACGGGAGUCGGGCCAAAAUGGAUUCCUGAAUGAAAGCAGACUCGCCAAAGAAGGCUUUUCUUCUAGCUCUCACAAAAGGCGACAGAUCUUUAGGGGUAACCGAGAUGGGCUCAGCCGGGCUUCAGGCAGCCACCAGAGCAGCACGGAAAGUGAUAUGAAAUCCCUGGAGCCCCGGCCGUGGAGUAGCACCGACUCCGAUGGCUCGACGCGUAAUCUGCGCCCUCCAGUCACCAAAGCCAGCAGCUUCAGUGGCAUUUCCAUCUUGACUCGAGGAGACAGCAUUGGUGGCAUUGGCAAAGGGAAUGGUGCCAACAGGACUGCCAGGCCAGGUCUCUCUUUGAGUACUCCUGAAGCCUGCAGUCAAGUCUCCUCUGCGCAGCCUGGCCGAAGCCUCUUGCCGUGUGCCGCUCAGCAACUGCAGCAGCAGCCGCUUCCACCCACACCGCAGCAACAGCCAGCAAUGACUAAUCACAUCAUAUCACAGCCGGUCCCAGCAUUGCAGUCCUCUCCGCAGCCAGUUCAGUACUCUCCAAGCUCCUGUCCCCAAGUCCUCCUGCCAGUCUCUCCACCCCAGCAGUACAAUAUGGCUGAUGAGCUCAGCAACCCUUUUGGACAGAUCAGCCUCAGCCGCCAAGGAUCCACUGAAGCCCCUGAUCCGUCCUCUGCCAUGUUCCAGCAGCCAAUCAUGUCCCAGCAUCCUCAGCAGACAGGAUUCAUCAUGGCUUCCCCAGGACAGCCAAUCACUGCCUCCAACUACUCUGCCUCAGGGCACACGGCGCCAGCCCAGCAGGUCCUCCAACCCCAGAGCUAUAUGCAGCCUCCCCAGCAGAUUCAGGUUUCUUACUACCCUCCUGGGCAAUAUCCAAACUCCAGCCAGCAGUACCGGCCCCUUUCGCACCCGGUGGCUUACAGCCCCCAGCGCAGCCAACAGCUGCCUCAACAGUCCCAGCAGCCUGGAUUACAGCCAAUCCUGUCCAAUCAGCAGCAGACAUACCAAGGCAUGAUGGGAGUGCAGCAACCCCAGGGCCAGAAUCUCCUCAGCAACCAGCGCAGUGGCAUGGGUAGCCAGAUGCAGAGCAUGAUGGGGGUGCAGCAGUCCCAAAACCAGAGCCUCCUGAACAGCCAACGGGGAAACAUGGGCAGUCAGAUGCAAGGCCUGAUGGUCCAGUACACUCCAUUGCCUUCGUAUCAACAGGUACCAGUGGCGAAUGACUCUCAAGGUGUAGUCCAACAACCCUUUCAGCAGCCCGUGUUGGUACCAGCAAACCAGUCUGUGCAAGGAGGUCUCCAGGCCGGAGGGAUGCCCGUCUAUUACAGUGUUAUCCCCCCAGCCCAGCAGAAUGGCACCAGCCCUUCUGUUGGCUUCUUGCAGCCUCCAGGUACAGAGCAGUACCAGAUGCCCCAGUCCCCUUCUCCUUGCAGCCCACCUCAGAUGCAGCAACAGUAUUCAGGGGUGUCUCCGGCAGGGCCUGGCGUUGUGGUCAUGCAACUGAAUGUGCCCAAUGGCCCCCAGCCUCCUCAGAAUUCAUCCAUGGUGCAAUGGAACCACUGCAAGUACUACAGUUUAGACCAGCGAACUCAGAAGCCUGGUGACAUCUAUAACCCAGACACUAGCGCUCAGGCCAGCAGCACCCAGCUGAAUAGCCCUAUCACAUCCCCCACACAGUCCCCUACACCAUCACCCGUUACCAGCCUGAACAGUGUCUGCACAGGUCUCAGUCCCCUUCCGGUGCUCACACAGUUCCCUCGGCCUGUGGGCCCAGCACAAGGUGAUGGGCGCUAUUCCUUGCUGGGUCAGCCGCUGCAGUACAAUCUCUCCAUUUGUCCCCCACCUCUCUUGCACAACCAGUCCAGCUAUACAGCACAUCAGGCACAAACAGGGAUGAAGCAUGGCAACCGAAGUAAGAAGCAAGCUCUCAAGUCAGCAUCCACAGAUCUUGGGACAAGUGAUGUAGUGUUGGGCCGUAUCUUGGAAGUUACCGACCUGCCCGAAGGGAUCACACGUACCGAAGCCGACAAGCUCUUCACCCAGUUAGCCAUGUCUGGUGCCAAAAUCCAGUGGCUGAAAGAAACUCAGGGGCGUCCUGGGGGCGGGGGCGACAAUAACCACGGGACUGCAGAGAACGGCAGGCAUUCUGACCUUGCUGCCUUAUACACCAUCGUGGCCGUCUUCCCCAGCCCUUUGGCAGCCCAAAACGCAUCCCUGCAUCUCAACAACUCUCUUAACUGCUUCAAGUUGCGUAUGGCCAAAAAGAACUACGACCUGCGUGUGCUGGAGCGUGCCAGCUCCCAAUAGGGGCAGACAGAGGGGCGGGGAGGGGGGGGGGCAACAAGCACAUUGGACUGGCCUCUCCAGCCUCACCUCCCCCACCCAACGGCCCCUUGACCAGCCUCCUUUAGUUCCACAUGCGCCUCCCCUUCUUUCUUUUUUUCCCCUUUUUUAAUUUCGGUGGUAGAGGGGGUAAUUUCCUGGAGAUAUUUAUAUGGACAAAAUGAAGAGAAAGAGACAUUGAUUUUUUUGUUUUUGUUUUGUUGGGGGGGUGUUCUGUUUUUUUUAAUUAUUAUUUUUGUGUGGAGGAACAUGUCCUGCCCUUUGCCCCCUCUCCGGAACACGUGUAUAUUGUUUUGUUCAGCGUUGUGCCGCGGUACGGAGCCGUAUUUAAUUGCACAUAACAGAUGUUGGCUGGGUAUAUUCACUGUACAUUUUAUUUAAUCUGGGUUUAUUAUUAUUAAUAUUAUUAUUUGGUUUUUAAAUAUAAAAGAAUCGUCUGUCACUUUAAAGCUGUUUCCUGCCUACCUCUCUUACGCAAACUGAAUAUUGGGAAACCCAUCACAAGCAAUAGCAUUGAUCAAUUUUUCAUCCCAGGCAUAUAACAUUGGGAGGCAGAGCUGGAAUAUUAUAUUUGGCCUUUUGAGGGUGGAGGUGAGGGAGGGCAGAAGGUAAGGGUAGUUAUAACCUUAAGCCAAAGCCAGUCUGAACCUUGAGUUAUACAGUCAGUUUUGUCCAGUGGUUAAGCCACCAGGCUAGAAACCAGCAGACCAUGAGCUCAAGUCCCGCCUUAGCCAUGAAAGCCAGCUGGGUGACUUUGAGCCAGUCAUUCUUUCUCAGCCCAGCCUGCCUCACAAGGUGGUGGUUGUGGGGAAAAUAGGAAGAGAAGGAAGAUGUGUUUGGAUAUGUUUGCCGCCUUGAGUUAUUUGUAAAAAUAAUAAGGUGGGAUACAAAUUAAAUUAAUAAUAAAAUAAAUGUAAUAAGUUGGCACUGAAUUCUUGAAUACCUGAGCAGCAAGUAGUUUGAAUCUGUUCUUUUAUCCCAACACAAAUUUCAGGUAAGAUGCCCUUUCCUCCUCCUUAAUGCACUUUAAUUCAGAAGAAUUACAAACAGAAUUGCAUAUAAAAGGGACAUAACAGUUAAGAUCAUAGAGUUUUUACAUGUAUAUAUAUAAUCCUAGUUUGUAUUACGUGAAAAAAUAAGGUACUUCUAAAACUAGUCAUUUUUUUCCUCCUCUUAGCCAUAGCAGCAGAGAUCUGUGUAAGCGCAUUUUGUGUGUGUAUGUGUAGCACUAAGUCAACACUCCCUUUGGGUCCUAUUUUAAUUUAUGUUAGAUUUAAAUGCCCAUUUUAUUUGGCCCCAAGAGCCUUAGAUGAAAAUUUUAGCCUAAUACAUUGUUAGUUGCGAAGUCGUGUCCGACCCAUCGUGACCCUAUGAACAAUGUUUUUCCAGGCCUUCCUGUCCUCUACCAUCCUCUGGAGUCCAUUUAAGCUCACACCAACUGCUUCAGUGACUCCAUCCAGCCACCUCAUUCUCUGUCGUCCCAUUCUUCUUUUGUCCUCAUUCUUUCCUAGCAUUAGGCUCUUUUCCAGUGAGUCCUUCCUUCCGAGAUUAAGUGGCCUAAUACAUUACAGUGUAAUAAAUUACGAUUUUAGAUUUGCAUCAAUCAUUUACUUUCAGUUGAAAUUUACUCUAAUCAAAAAAACUUCCCCAUGAUCUUCAAAUGUGAAUACCCAAAUGUGUUGUAGAUGUUUUGCUUCUGGUAUUUAGUUAUAGAGUUAUUGCUUGAUUUAAUAACUUGGUAAUUUGGUGACUGAUAAAAGAUGAUCGAUUUUUACUCCAUUAUUUUAACACUGUUCUAUUUGUGCCAUAGAAGGAAAGCUAUAAAAUCAGAGUUAUGAUACAUGAUACCAUUGGAAAGGCCUGGCCUAUGUCCUCCCCAAUUGUAUAAUAUUUAGGUUAUUUUGCUGCUGUUUGCAUUUUAGUGGCAAAAUGGCCUGAAUGUUAUGCAAUUGGGGAGAACUUGACAUAGGCCAAGCCUUUCCAAUGACAUCAUGUAUCCUAGCUCUGAUUUUAUGUUGUCUUAAUUUCAGAUUGCCUACUGAAAAAGGAAGCAUCUGCAUGCAUGGGGUCAAGUGAUAAAAUCUUGCAGAAGCCUUUUCCAACUCAGUUAUGCUGGAACUGCAAAUCCCAGAAUUCUCAAGUCAUGCUAGCCAGAGGAAGAAUUGUGGGAUUUGUGGUUACAGUACCUUGGAGGAGAAGAUGUCAAAGUGACAAUGGCUGUUGGAUACGAAAAGGCAAGAAGAAAAGGUGUUGUUUUUUUUAAUAGCAGCUUUCCACAAAGUUAAUCUGUUAUCCUUAAUUAGUUAAUAACACCUCUGAAUUAGAUAAUUUCUUUUUUUAAAAUGUAAAACCUGUUGGCAAGUACGAAGC